ACAGCCCUAUUGUCACAAACCCAUACCUACCAUUUCAUUUUCAUCUCAUCUUUUAUUAAUUCCUCCCCUUCUCCUCUCUACACAUCUUUCUUUUCAAUGUCUCUUUGAUCAGAGAGAUUUUUGAGCAAGGAGAGAUAGGAGGGGUGUUUUUGAUUGUGAUUUGCAGGUGUUUAUCUGGGUUUUUAUGGAUUUUAAUCUCAUGUCCAGACAGUAGAUCUAUCAUUUGAUCUUGUGACUCACAGAACUGCCAAAAGGUUCCUGCUAGUUUUCAAGAAGUAAAACAAAUAAUCGGCCUAAUGCAAGGGCAAAGUAGUGCUAUUGGUUCUCUGACGGAAUCAUUAAGCUUUGAUCAGGGGUCUACACCCAGCGAGCAAGGGAUUGAUCAGCAGAUUUACUGGAAUAAUGUGCGCAAUUCUGUGCCAGAUCAGCUUUCAGAAUAUGUCCCGCCCAGUAAUACAGGCAGCUUGUAUGCGAAUUCCGUAGUCUCUGACAGACGAAAUUUGAGAUCACGGAGGAUGGAUGAGCCCGGUCCAAGUGUUGUACGGAAUCAGAUUAGUCAUAAUGAACAAAAAGCGGAACAUUUCUGGGUAUCUACUGGGCAUGGUUUAGAAAACCGACACCAUGAAUCAGCCAUUGGUCUAUCUUUAAAUAAUGUAAAUCUAAGUGGCAGUCAGAUUGCUAAUGGUCCUUUGUUUAUGCAGAGCUCUAGUUCUAAUUUCGUAUCUCAAGAUCUUAACAUAAAUGCAGGAUCUGAGGGACAGGGUGUUGAUGAUUGUCAGAUAGUGGAACGUCCUCUUGUAUUUAGGUCUGGUUCAGAAAGUUUACCGAUAUCUAACCGUAGCAGUUCUUGCCCAUCUGACUUGAAAAGUAGUGAACAUGUGGAGGGCAGUGAUAUAGGCUCCAGCUCUUUAAUGGAGGGUCGUCGUUUAUUUCGCAAAAGAAAAGCUACGGAAGAGAAUGUUGGAGAAUCUUCUGGUAGUGGGAGUUCAAAUUAUUUUCAGCAUGCAGAAAGUAGUGUAUGGCGUGCUAUUCCUGCUCCCCGUAAUACCAGCAACGGCUUAACUAUAUCAGAUCCUUCAGAAAACACUGCUGGUGUCAAUCAGUCUGAGCAGGUAAACCCAAGACUAGGACUUGGUGUUGGAGGUGCUUUAUCUGAAAGCUUUCCUGCUAUAAAUGUGGCGGGGAACACCGAAAUAUCUCGUAGAAAUCUCCGGCUAAGGAUCAAUUCUUCACAGCAACAGGAUUUUUUACCCUCUAAUGCGCUCACAGUUGGAACUGUUGCUGGGUCAUCUAGCACUUCUGCUUCCCGUCAGGCACCGGGGCUUCUUCCUGGUGGCAAUUCUUUGGAACCAGAAGAAGAUUCAAAUUCCCAAUUUCAGUCCCUUCUGGAUCAUGUUCCUGCCAUGCGUCGGAAUCUGCAAUCUUCCAGGUGGACCAGAAGUUCCAGCUCAAGAGCUGGAAGCUCAUCAACUUCUGCGAUUGAGGGAAAUGGUGCAUCUCCUGAAGAAUCGAGCACAGGAAUUGUGUUAAGAAAUAGAUUGGAGCAUCCCAUUCUUAGAGCUCCUUCUAGGUGGAGAGGACAUCCUUCUAGGUGGAGAGGUUCAGUGCAAAGCCCAAUUGACUUGAAUGUCAGUGGUGGAAGUAAUGGCAUUUCUGGAAAUGACGCUUCUUCUUCUCGGGGUGGCUCAGCAGCUGGUAGUCAUCAAGGCUCUAGGCACAACUGGUUUCCUGAUGGAAAUUCUCCACAUUAUCCGCGAAGUCUCUCAGGGUUAGUUCAUCGAUCGUUGUUAUCAUCUUCUGGUCCUGAUUCUGGUGGCCAGAACGUUAACAUUUCUCCACCUCAUUCACACACUUCUGAUUCCGACCAAGAGAUGCCAUCUGAAGGCCAGGAACGUCACUUGUCUCACUCAAGGUCAGCAAUGUUGUUGGACAGACAUGUUGAUGGUGCUUCUGGACUAUCCCGUUCACUCCGAACUUUGGCUGCUGCAAGUGAAGGAAGAAGCAGGAUCAUUACUGAGAUUCACGAUGUCUUGGAUCUCAUGCGCAGGGGGGAGGGCUUCAGAUUUGAGGAUUUGAUGAUCCUUGAUCAGUCUGUCUUCUUUGGGAUGGGUGAUCAUCAUGACAGGCAUAGGGACAUGAGGCUAGAUGUUGAUAACAUGUCAUACGAGGAAUUAUUGGCUCUUGAAGAGCGCAUUGGGAAUGUGAAUACCGGAGUUAGUGAGGAAACCAUUUCAAGUCAUCUAAAGCAAAGUAAGUAUACAGUAUCAGAAACAACAGAAUCACAGGAGCCAGAACCGUGCUGCAUAUGUCAGGAUGAGUACACUACCGGAGAUGAACUUGGAGAGCUGGACUGCGGACAUGGUUUUCACGCAGAGUGUAUCAAACAAUGGCUGGUGUGCAAGAAUUUGUGCCCCAUAUGCAAGACAACAGCAAUGUGUAGUAAAGAUAAGGCAUAGAGUCAUAGACCUUGGUUUAUACAAUCUGUGUAAGUUUUUAUGGUUGAACACACAUCUUCACUUGCUUGGUUCUUUGAAUCAGCUAGGUGGAUGAUAUGUUUACCCAAGCAGAAUUGCCUGCUUGUACCUUCGUUAAAGUCUUCAUGUACUAUUUAGUUUCUUGCUGUAUUCAUCUCCGUUGUGGAGAGUUCAUUAAAUUUAUUAAGAUAAGUAGAAAGUUGAAUUAUUUUCUAUUAUAUAUUUUAUGUUAAGAUAGAAUUGUACUUUAA